AUGGGGACAUUUGUGAGGAUUUGGGCGAUUUUCAGUCUGAUCGGUCUGUCGCGUGCCGAGUCACCGGUGGAAGUCUUGACAUCCUCGAACAGUCUCGCUACCUUCGAGGAGGAGGACAUACUCCGCGUGCUUUCGCGUAACAAGACCGACACGACUAAGAACUUCACUUUCGUCGAGCUGAUCAGCAGCCUCGGUAAUUACACGAUCGACACCGAGAAAGUUAUAUGGAGUGACGACAGGCCGGAAGUGCAUCACACGAAUCCGCACUAUGAGGACUUCCCCGAGAAAAUCGAUUUCGAGGCACGCAGAUUAUUGCAAAUCCUUCCUCCUUACGAUCCCGGUGCGGGAGGUGUCAGCGCGGAAUGCAAACGACAUGCCGAUAUCUUCCACGAAGAGCUCGCCAAGUUCACAUUGUGGGCACUCAAAAUGUAUGACGCGACCGCGAAAGUGCCUUCCGGACUGCUGAGCGGGAACGUUAAUCAAUUCGGCGACUUCGACGAGUGCGUCGGUGUCGAGGGCAAGGAUGGCAUUCGGGGACAGUAUUGUCUGGCAUAUUUGCAGCUGGACGUCGAUCAGUCCCGGCCGGACCUCAAAUACCUACAUCGCCUGCUGCAUUCGCAUUACGCGUUUCGCAGCAACAUGACCGACCCCGGUCACAGAGUGCCGCGUUAUAGCCACGUAAAUUGGGCCAUAUGCACACCCGCAUCAUGCACAGCCCAGGAUGUUAAAGCUUCUCUGCAACAUACCAUCUCAAAGUACACAGCACAGACUGGUCUUAAGAUCUCGCUGCAAGUGGACCAGAACAUGUGCCAAGUAAGGCCGGAACUCGUUCUGUCAAAAGCGAUUGUCGCCACCAGUCUCCUCUUUGUCACCGUGUCCGUUCUGACACUUGUAGCCGCAUUCUACGAUCAUUGCAAAAUACCGGCUAGCGAAUUGCUUUUAUCGUUCUCUUUGAAGCGCAACAUCCUGAAAUUAUUCUCGUUGGAAAGACCGCAAGGCGACAUAGCGUCGCUUCACGGUAUCCGAUUCUUGAACAGCGCUUUAUUGCUCGUAUCUCACAAAAGCAUGGCAGUAUUCUUUAUCCCAUACGUAAACCGAACUUACAUGAGCGAGUUUUUAGGUAAACCAUGGACCGUCUUAGGAAGAGUGGCUAGUCUGUACACUGAUCCGUUCAUCAUGCUAUCCGGUUUGUUAACGACAUAUUCGUUUAUCGGUAGAUUGAAAAGAUCUGGAGCUUUAGACAUCAAAAAUGAAUAUCUGUCACGUUUGCUAAGGCUAGUGCCUACUUUAGGAGCGCUGAUACUGUUCUGUACUUACAUUAUGCCGUACAUUGGAUCUGGACCACAGUGGCCGCUGGUGGUGACCAAUCACGCGGAAAUCUGUAAGAGAACAUGGUGGCGGAAUUUUUUAUUUAUUCAUAAUUAUUUCGGAUUUGAGAAUAUGUGUCUUACGCACACGCAUCAUAUAGGAAUAGACACACAAUUGUUCGCGAUUUCUCCUCUGUUAAUAUUACUCUUGUACAAAAAGCCAAAGAUCGGCGCUAUUGUACUCAGUAUAAUAGCUUUGAUAUCUACGAUAUUGAGAUUUUACGUCACAUAUGCCAAAGAUCUCAACAAUUAUGUAUAUUAUGGCACGUCAAUAAGACAAUUAUUCGAUACUGCGGAUUACUCCUACACAUUACCGUCGCAUAGACUGACCGUUUAUAUCAUCGGUAUCUUCGCGGGUUACUUGUUGCGAAAUAUACCCAAGGAUUUCAAACUGGGCACAACAGCCCUCUACACGGGUUGGACUGUAUGUAGCCUAAUGUUUUUUGCGGCUCUUAUCGGACCUUCCAAAAUGGGUUCUAUCAAUUACGUGUACGAUCCGAUUCAUGCAGCUACUUACAACGCGUUCGCUCCUAUCGGAUGGUGCGGCCUGUUUCUUUGGAUAGCGAUAACGCAGCACACCGGCAGUUCAGACGCAUUUUUGAACAAAUUAUUCUCUUGGCGAGGAUUUCUCGUUACUACGAGAAUUAGUUAUGCCGUUUAUUUAACGCAAUUCCCGAUAUUUUUUUACAAUGUUGGACAAACCCGCACUGCGGAUCACUACGACUUUUUAAGGAUAAUGCUAAAUUUAAAAGAGAUAGGAGGGAUUCUUCUUAUGUCAAUAGUUCUCACGCUACUGUUCGAUACACCGUUUCAAAAUAUAAAAAAUUAUAUAUUGAAAAAACCGAUAUUGAAAAAGGAUAUAACAAUAUCUAAAGUGGAAUGA